GCGCUAACCCCCGCCCCCCGCCGGUUCCCAGCCAACUUGCACUUGAAUGAGGUGCGCGCCGCAGACGGCUGGAAAGUAGUACAAACCGUUUGGGAAUAACACCGGGAAUACUGGAGCACAGCGGCCAGACAGCGGGACGGGGGUGGGGGGACGGAGGCCAAAGGAAAGCCGCUGCUGGAAGAAAGAAGCGUCGCUGAGGGAAAGAGGAAACGCCUGCGUCAAUGUUUUUAUUCGACAGCGCGCCGUGAAGCGAUCGCGUCCGUCCGUUUUCCGCGAGAUCUCCUCAAAGUUCAGCUUCAUGGGUCUGAUGAACGGAACCACCGACACCCACACCAAUGUCUCCUGUACCUGUGACUGCAAGAGAUCCACUUCAUUCCAGAGCAUGGCGAUCACCCAGCUGGAGUUUGUUCAGAUCCUGGUGAUCGUGGUGGUGAUGAUGAUGAUGGUGCUGGUGAUCACGUGUCUGCUGAAUCACUACAGACUGUCUGCGCAGUCUCUCAUCUCUCGCCACGGACGAGUGCGCAGACGACACCUGCCCCUGCCGACGGAGGGCAGUCUGUGGUCCUCGGACGCUCCCAGCUCUUCUAAUGUCAUGAGUGAGGGUUACGCUCCGGACCGUGUGUCGUCGUAUCUUCAGCGUGAGCGUCUGUCCCGCUUCCAGCCCACGUUCCCGUACCUCCCUCACGCCAUCAUCGACCUGCCGCCCACCAUCUCUCUGUCGGACGGAGAGGAGCCUCCUCCGUAUCAGGGUUUGUGUUCCCUUCAGCUGCGGGACCCCGAGCAACAGCUGGAGCUCAACCGAGAGUCAGUCCGAGCGCCGCCCAACCGCACCGUGUUCGACAGUCCUCUCAUCAGCGCCGCUCCGCCGGCGUACAGCGAGGUCAUAGGUCACUACUACCACCACACAUCAGGGACCCGACACACAGCGCUGCUGCAGGGAGCGAUACACAUCAGCCGCUCGGACGGACGAAACACACGCAACAAACACAACACCAAAGCACAGCACGUCUGACGCCGCUCUUCCUCUUCUGGAGCCUUCAUCAGACUCUGCAGCUCUCAGAUUUAUCAAUUCCCAGCUGGGAUUUCAUGUGGCUAAAAUAUAUAUAUAUAUGAGCACAUCAGUGUCCCUGCAGCACAGAAGCAGCAUCAGUGUCACAGACGGAUAUUUGGAGAAAUACACAACAAUACAUUGUAUGAGUCUAAAUUAUACAUUUCUCUUUCAUGACAAAAAUCAUUAGGAUAUUAAGAAAAGAUCAUGUUCAGUGAAGAUAUUUAGUAAGUCUCCUACCGUAAAUAUAUCAGACUUCAUGUUUGAUUAGUAAUAUGCAUUGCUAAGAACUUCAUCUGAACAACUUUAAAGAUGAUUUUCUCAAUAUUUAGAUGUUUUUGCUCCCUCAGAUUCCUGAUUUAUAAUAGUUGUAUCUCAGACAGAUAUUGUCCUCCGAACAAACCACACAUCAAUGGAGAGAUGAUUUAUUCAGCUUCAGAUGAUGCAUUCAUCUAAAUGUAAAAAAAAAAGAACUUAUGACUGGUUUUGUGCUCCAGGGUCACAUUUAUUCUCAAAACAUUUAAUUCCUGCUGAAUGCCAUCAACAAAAACCGGCGUCUACAUAAAAACUGGACUCGAUUAAGAGCUGUUUGUGUGCAAAAACAGAGCAUACAUUUUAACAGCGAGACCAGCUCAUAUCUCCAGAAAGCUGACGCCAAGCACUUCUCCACGUCCAAACCAGAUCUCACAAAUAUAAAGAGUCCCUGAUGUCAGACGAGGGGCAGCGCUUCAGACCUUCUCUAAAUAUUUCUGUGUUGUUCGUCCUCUGUGCUUUAGUCUCUCUGUACUUCCUUCCCUGAGCGAUGGACAGAGUCUGGUCUUCCUCUUAGGAACAGCAGUCGCAGUCUUGUGAUUCUUCAUCAGUUCUUCUUCUGUUAAAUGUGCACGACUUCCUCAUGAGAGUUUUGCACAAUAUUCAAAGCAUCCGACUGUUUUGGAGCAGAUACGGAAGUGUUUGUGAUCAGAGAGAGACUUGAAGCUUGCGUGUGUGUGUGUGUGUGUGUGUGUGUGUGCUACUAUAUGAAUAUAUAUACAUGUAUAUGGAAUACUGGAAAACAAACUUAAGAGCACGGUUCUAGAGUUAUUUAUCUAAAUGUCUAAAAUUGCACUAUUUUGAAUAUAAGGGUGUGAUGGGUCCACAGAUGGUGUGUGUCCUGACGCUGGUGAAUGAUGAGUGUGAGAGAGUGAACAGAUCUGAAUCAGUUCUAGAGAUCAACGCUAGUCUUCUUCAGCUAGAUUAACUAGUGUUAGCUUGGAUUUCUUACAUGUGUUUGCCUUAAUUUGAUUCUAGACUCUAGGACCCUGAAUUCACAAUCACUGGUGUUCCGAGCGUACAGAUCUCAGCGGCUGGGUUCACACGCGGCGUCUCUUAUAGCACUUUACCGACUCGUGGGAGGACAACAAUCGAGCAGCUGUAAACCAGCACUAAAGCAGACGAAUAUGCAAACGCUCCCCGAUCGUACGACGCACGCAGAGCUGGAGACUCAUCCCCUGAAUCAAACACCGUCUCAUUCAGCGCUGGAGACUCCCAUGAUGCAUCUGCGCUCGGGGAAUAUCGCGUCUGAUUGUGUCUGUUGGGUUUAACUCCAGAGAACCGCUGCUAACAGGAAGUCCUCGGCUGGAGAGAGGAACUCAACCUAAUCUAGUCUAAAGAGUCAUUCCUUAUUAUUGCUUUGCUCGUAGAAUGAUUCCUUUGCUGUUUUUAUCAUAUAUAUUCCAUAACAUGAUCAACAGAAUACAGACUUACAUCCGGCUGUUUAAAGUCCACACUAGUUAGUUAGUAACUAACUACCCAUGUGUCAUUCUGUUAAUUAUAUUUUAGUCAGAAAUGUUUAGAAGAAAUUGUUAGCCAUUUUUAUUAUAUAAAUUCCAUAUUAUAAAUGAGUAAUUGGCCGAAUGCAGACUUUAAUCUGAUUGUUUAGUUGAUAACUCCUUUCUGUACAGAAUUAUUAUUUUGUGCAUUUUUUAUACGAUAUUUUUCCAAUUAUAGUGAAUUGUGUGAAUGUAGACUGUUUGUGUUCCAGUCUAGUUAGUUGGUAACUAGUUACCCGUGGGUCGUUCUCUCUCCAGCCGCGGCCUAAUGUCUUCCCUUUGAGAUGCCAGUGUGUCACAUGACCCUGUCAGCCAAUCAGGUGGCUGUCGACAGGAAGUGAGUGUAUGUAUGAUGAAGAUGAUGAUGAUGAAGAGGUAGUUUAGUGGAGAGAGUUGCAAUAUACCGACUGUUUGCCUUCUGAUAAUGUAGUUAGCCGUGUAGCUCAGAUUAAAGAUGUACUAGCUGUUUUUGUUCUUGUUGCUUCUCAUGUAAAGCUCAUGUGUGUUCUGUUCACUCAUUAAACAGACGACAGGUUUGUGCUGUUCCCUCGACGCUCGGUAAUGUGAGUGCAGACUGAAGAAAGUGACGUGUGCCUUCCAGUCGCCAGCACAGACUGUGUGUGUGUGUGUGUGUGUGUGUUCUGUUGCCUUCAUUACACCUGAAACACUAAACAUCUGCAUCAGAACGCAUCUGGUGCACUUUAGAUGUAGUGAAAUCAAGCACAAGUCUGCUCAUCUUCAUGAUGCUUUAGUCUAGAUAAAUGAGUUUCUGGGCUCUCAAUCAAAUCACUGAAGGCUUUCCGUGUGAAAGAGACAUUUCCAAAGAAGGACUUUCUCUCCAGUGAUGGCGGCUCUGAUGGUUUCUCUGCUGUUGCAUUGCUUUGGGUUUGAACAUGCCAUUAAACGCUCUCUGUGAUUGCAAUAAGAACAUAUUUACAUCGAGAAUCAUCAGUCCUGUAGAUUUAGUUACUCUCCUGUUAUCUCUUUUAUUUUUAUUUAUAUCAGAUUCUGAAAGUGUUACUGUGUUUCUCUUUGGAACAGUGUCUGUUACACACCAUCUCAUGCAUUUCAAUUAGCUGCCAAUUAUAUGAAUAAAACAUUUUAUAAAAUAA